CACAGUGAUCCCUGCGCGCGUCUCCUGCUCGGGUCAGUGCGCCGCGCUGCGCUGGGCGCCAUGGCGCUCCCCGGAGCCCGGGCUCGCGGCUGGGCGGCAGCAGCCAGAGCGGCCCAGAGGCGCCGCCGCGUGGAGAACGCAGGAGGGUCCCCGAGUCCUGAGCCUGCGGGCCGGCGCGCGGCGCUUUACGUACACUGGCCUUACUGCGAGAAGCGCUGCAGUUACUGCAACUUCAACAAGUACAUCCCUCGCCGCGUGGAGGAGGCUGCCAUGCAGAAGUGUCUGGUGACCGAAGCUCAGACGCUGCUGCGGCUCAGCGGGGUGCAACGGGUGGAGUCUGUGUUCUUUGGUGGGGGGACCCCCAGUCUAGCCAGUCCCCACACGGUGGCUGCUGUCCUGGAGGCUGUGGCACAGACAGCCCACCUGCCUGCAGACUCGGAAGUCACAUUGGAGGCUAAUCCUACUUCAGCUCCGGGCUCCAGACUGGCAGAGUUCGGGGCAGCAGGGGUUAACAGGUUGUCUAUAGGCCUCCAGUCCCUAGAUGACACUGAGCUCCGGCUGUUGGGACGGAUGCACUCAGCCUGCGAUGCUCUGCGGACGCUGGCAGAGGCCCGGCGCCUCUUUCCCGGGCGCGUGUCUGUGGACUUGAUGCUGGGGCUGCCGGCACAGCAGGUGGGGCUGUGGCUUGGGCAGCUGCAGGAACUGCUGCACCACUGUGAUGACCACCUCUCCCUCUACCAGCUGUCCCUGGAGCGGGGCACCGCACUCUUCGCCCAGGUGCAGCGGGGUGCCCUUCCAGCCCCUGACCCGGAGCUCGCAGCUGAGAUGUACCAGAGGGGCCGGGCUGUCCUUCGGGAGGCUGGCUUCCACCAGUAUGAGGUCUCCAACUUUGCCCGGAAUGGGGCGCUCAGUACCCACAAUUGGACUUACUGGCAGUGUGGUCAGUACCUUGGCAUUGGGCCUGGGGCCCAUGGACGAUUUAUGCCCCAGGGGGCUGGAGGCCACACCCGGGAGGCUCGGAUCCAGACACUGGAGCCUGACAACUGGAUGAAGGAGGUGAUGCUGUUUGGCCAUGGCACGCGGAAGCGUGUCCCCCUGGGCAGGCUGGAGCUGCUGGAGGAAGUUUUGGCCCUGGGGCUACGCACCGAUGUGGGGAUCACUCACCAGCACUGGCAGCAGUUUGAGCCCCAGCUGACCCUGUGGGAUGUGUUUGGAGCGAACAAGGAGGUGCAGGAGCUGCUGGAGCGGGGCCUACUGCAGCUGGAUCACAGGUGUGUUGGGGGGUGCCGGGCAGAGGGGGCUGAGGCAUACCAGGGAGCCCUGACUACAGCUCUCCACAGACCCAGGAGAAGUGAGAAAGACUGACUGGGGUCUUCGGUGUUCCUGGGAGGGUCUGGCUGUGCUGGACUCUCUCUUGCUGACCCUCCUGCCUCAGCUCCAAGAAGCCUGGCAGCAGAGAACCCCCUCCCCUGUGCCAGGAGGAUGACAAAAAUGUUCCUGUGUUCCAGGGUAAUGCCAGGUGGGUUUUGAGAGCUGGGUCGGUACUGCAGACAUCUCUUCUCCAUUGUCGGGUGCCGUCUCUGCUCCAUGUGGUUAUUGCUCAGCCCUGGCAUCCCCAGGGGAAUGGCAGCAGUGAGGUAGAUGGGAGGACAUUUCUGGUCGGGGAACUGGCAUCCCAUUCAGCAUCUCAGGACUCACAGGCCAACAUGUGUUCCGUGGCUGGGAAUUGCCUACCGCCCACAUCAGCUUCUGUUUACCUUUUUGGCAUCAAAUAAUGAACAGUGUUUGGAAAUCUUUCUACAGGCAAUUACCUCCCCAAGAGAAGCCUUCCUUAUUUUGGAGUAAGGUCCUAAGACAGCUGGAUGAGUCAGGAAAACCAUGUCCCCUCUAGGUAUUAUUAAUAUAAGCAGGAAGGGAUCUACUAUAGGAAUGAAGUAUUUAUAAAACCACUGAAAGGGAUAGAGAAGUGAACAUUGGAGAAAGCCAGUAGCAACUGUCAGAAAUCAGCAACUUGCAGGAGGCACAGAAAACUCCUGCUGAUGGUCUCAGCUUCCAGCAGCACAAAAGCAGAUGAUGUACUGGAAAAUGCUCAGAAGAUGCUACAAAACCUCAUGCCUACUGUCUGCCACUGCUGGAGAAGGAAUCAUGGUUUCUAGAAGUGCCUCUCAUUAGUGGACUUUAAAGCAAAUCCUGGCUGGCAGGAAAUUCUGAGGAAUAUAGUUCUUAGGCUUCCAGCCUCUACCAUGCAGGAGAGAACACAGAAGGACUGAUGUAUGUUGGUGGAUCCGUGUAUGUGUCCAGCACAGCGGCCUGCUGGACUCUGAGAACUGGGAAAGAUCAGAGCAAGCCUUGCCUCUUAUCUUCGGGAAACCAGAAUAUGUUUGGGGUGGUAGGAGCCACGCAGACUCUUCUGAGCCCCCUCACUCACUUCCUUCCCCCUGUGCCUUUCCUUUGAGAGUGAAGGUGGGUGGAGUUGACCAGAGAAAGGGGAGAGAAUUCGGGAAAGACCCAAAGUGUUUGUAAUUCUUCUUUGUCCUUUUACCUACAGAAAUGGUCACAUGGUUCUAUUUAAAUAGCCUAAUAAACACAUCUGGAGCCUG